UUUGUUUACAAUCAUUCAACUGUUGGGUUGUGUUUGACAUCAAGUGAUUGACAAUUAAAUUAAAUUAAUUAAAUUAGUAUUUCAUUUACUAUGGAUUCAGUGGUAAAAUUUACAUCAAAGACACGGAUCAGUUGUUUGGAUAAAUCAUUGCCUAAGAUUAGGAAUGAGAUAAGUCUUAGCGCUUACGCGUUGCUCAUCAGCGAAAUGGUUCAGUACUGUCACAAUCGGGUCUAUACUGUUCCCGAACUGCAGACCAAAUUAGCCGAAAUGGGUUAUAGAGUCGGCCAAAGAGUAAUGGACGCGAUGGCCAUCAGAGAUAAAAACUUCAAGAGAGAGACACGAAUUAUUAAUAUGUUAGUACUGUUGAGGACUAAAGUGUGGAUCAAUUUAUUUGGCAAAGAAGCGGAUAAACUGGAACAGGCAAAUGACGACGAAACCACUUAUUACAUAAUAGAAAGCGAACCAUUGAUUAAUAAAUACAUAUCUGUUCCCAAAGAUAAGGGAGCACUAAAUUGUGCCGCUUUUGUGGCCGGAAUUAUUGAGGCCGUACUCAAUGAAAGCAAUUUUAAAGCAAAAGUGACGGUUCAUUGGCACAAAGGAACCACUUUUAUGAUUAAAUUUGAUGACUCGGUUGUGACCAGAGAUAAAACACUCGAUAAUAAAUAAUAUUUAUUAAUAUUUAUUAAUUUACUGUAG